AUGGACUCCUCCACCAAAACCUACGCAGUAAUCGGCGCAUCCCGAGGCAUCGGCCACGAAUUCGUCUCCCAACUCCUCGCAAAAGGUCACCGCCUCAUCGCCACGACUCGUGGCGGGCAACGCGGAGAUGCCGCAAGACUAUGGCCUGGGAGCGGCGAAGGGCGGUGUGAGGUCUAUGACUGCGAUAUGUUGAGUGAAGCCAGUAUUGACGCAUUUGUGAAGGCUCUAGUAGAGGAUGGGGUAAAAGAGAUCGAUACGGUGAUUGUGAAUGCGGGUGUUUUGGAGUAUCCGAACACCACCAGCUCAUACACCUCCCUCCUCCACCACCUCCAGACCAACACAAUCGGCCCCACAAUCCUCGCCUCCACUCUCCUCUCCAGUCCCAUCCCCCUCCACAAACUAAUCUUCAUCUCCUCCGACUCCGCAUCCGCCACCCGCUUCCUCUCCCACGAAGACGGAUUCGCAGCCUACGCCGCCUCCAAAGCCGCCCUCAACAUGUUACUCCGACACAUGUCCUCUGAACUGCAACGGAAAGGUUCCGACACGGUGGUGCUGGCGCUGCAUCCGGGAGAGGUGUACACGGACAUGGCGAGGGCGGUGGAGGGGAAAGUGGGGUGGGAGGUGGAGGGGAUGUUGAGCGUGGGGGAGAGUGUGAGGGGGUGUGUGGAGGUGAUUGAGGGGAGGGGGAAGGGGGAUAGUGGGACGUUUUGGACGUGGGAGGGGGAGCAAUAUCCGUGGUGA